GAAGUAAAAAUAUUAGAGAGAUGAAUUUCCUUAGGAAAACAGCAAGCGCCAUGGAUUGUCUGAACUGCUUUCGUGCAGUCAGGAGCUGGUUUCGUCACAACACCAUCCUCAUCAAAUCCACCCUGUUCAUCUUAGGGCUGGUAUGGAGCACGAUGAUGGAGAAGACAUUUGUCAGGAUCUUAAUCACGCCGUUGCCCCACAGCGGCGCCGGCAAAGUGUGCGACCUCCCGAGUAUUGUGGUAGUGAAUUUGCACCAAGGGAUAAGCAGUGUUUCCGUGGUGGCGUUCACUUACGCAACCGGGGGCUGCUUGCUCCGUUUCUUGGUUGUGGUUUUCUCCGCUACAGCUUCCGUCCUCGGAGUGAUAUACUACAUGUUUGUGGCGGCUGGAAAUGGCGAUAAAGAGCAGCUUCAUUGGUGCCUUGCAAUGGUGGUAAUGGCCUCGGUGCAAGCGGCGCUGACGGUCACUAUGAAAGAAGUUCUUGAUGAUCAUUUCAGGCCGAUGGAUAAAGAUUACUAUCAGAUACAACGACUCAGCAAACUCUUGUGGAGUCCCGUCUCCUUAGUGGCCUUGGAGCCUUUGCCGAGAUUGCACUUUGAGAAACUCGCUCUAGUUUUAAUCACUAUGAUGUUGUGCUUGUUCUCCGUCUUCUUGUUGAGAUCCUACUCUUACAACCACUAUGCAAUGAUGACAAGCUAUGUCAGAGCGACAGAGGCAGACGAUCGGAGAAGAAUAGAGGCGACGAGGCCAGUGAAUCUGAUGUUAUUAUGGUUUUGUUUGCUCAUUUUAAGCCUAGUUUCUUCUACUGCAAGCACCUUCUUCUUCUUAGAAGCCAGCACAUUCAGUGGCCGCAACUAUCUAUUUGCAAUUCUCUCACUUGACAAUUUGCUGAGAUUCACCGCAGCGUUGUUCAGGGGGUUUGGUCGCAACAACCACCUGAGAAUCGGCAUUGCAUUGUUGUACUCUGUGGCAUGCUGCACCAUUGCUAUGGGGACUGGGAUGAGCGUGUAUUGGCUAACUCCGCAGUUCUUUAUACUGGCACUGAUGGUGGAAGUAGCGAAAGACGGGUUUCAGUCGCUAUACGAAACUCAGGCUCCAUCUCACUUGAAGAGAUACGGGUCGGCUUUGGGAGAACUUGCCAGCGGACUUGGUGGUGCACUAGGCCUUAUUUGCAUUUUCAUCUUCCGCGGAAGGGACCUCAGCUUCAACACGUACUGCAUUUUCCUGGCAGUUUUGAGUGCUUCGAUCUUCAUCUUCUACUUGUUGGUUGCUUUUUGGGACGUGUGCGGGCGGAUCCUUUUGGAAGAUGAAGAAAUUUUGCAGCACUUGGAAUAGUUUGUGCUGUUGAUGUUGAUGUUGAUGCUGAUGCUGCUGUCUCUCCAUAUAUAAUUAAUUGUACAUCCUUUUAGAUUUUGGUAACGUUGUUUACUUAGUACUCUUACUAGUUACUACUACUUCAUUUUUCAUUUUAUGGCAGCGGCGUAAAAAUUAAUGAAGAUUUGAUUAAAUUUGAA